AUGCCACACCCAUCACAUUCACAACCCCAUUCCGCUACAUCCCCAUCGCAAACAGUGCAACCCAUCAACAAGAACACGACCGCCGCACCCGCGCCCACUGCUCAACAUGCCCCUGUCCUUCAACCACCCGCCAUUCAAGUAUCACCACUUUCAUCGCCCUCUCGUCACAUUACCAUUGCCAACAAUGUGACUGCUACUCCUAUCCCCGCCGCUCGACCACCACGACGAGCUAUAUUGAGUAUGAUAUUCCCAACUGCUGCUGCCAAACUCGCACCCAAAUUCGGCCUCGCCGAAUUUGUCAUCGUUCGCUCACUCAUCACAUUCACUGGGGGGCAUAAAAACCCUGGGGAUGCCAUCCAGACUGAUCAAGCAGCACGUGAGGCAACCCAGGCAUCGCCUACCCCUCUGCUUAUCAGAAAGACUACGAUUUCAGCAUGCGAUGGCAACCGUAAAAGCAGCAAGACAGAAGAGUGGCGAAUAGCAGGUCGUCGUAGGAAUUUGAAAGAGGUUGUUUGCGCUGAAUGGGGUCAGCACGCACCUUUUUCGACCCACGUAUGGUUGUUUGGACUAAGGGGUGGGAACGAUUGGUGUCAAAGUCUGGGUAGAGGUCUUGCAAAAAGUGGCGAGCGCCAGUGUCGUGCACGAUCAUCCAAAGCAUCCAACGUCAUUGGUGGGCGAGCAUUCCUCGAGUGGGAUGAAUGCCCGCCCAAUGCGCUCAAAAGCACAGCCUCCAUCGCGCCGGCAAGAGAUCGCGUGGAGGAUCAAAUAAGCGGACGCGUGUAUCAGGGAAUUGACGAGCGAAGUCGUCAAGGAGAAGACGUGAAAGAAGUCGAGGCUGUCAGUGAACAGCAAAAGACGGCGAGGUGGAGUUGGGAGAUUGGUGGCAACAUGGUGAAUUGCGGAGAAAAUGGCAACAAGCUCAAGAAAGAAAAUGUCGAUUUUGAUGUUAGCAGGAGGUGGUUGUAA